AUGGAGGCAGACGGCCAUGGCGUUCAACAAGGAAGAAAAUGGGGGCGGUGGAAUAAACUGUUGGACAUGGAGGAGGCCAAGAAUCAGGUCUUGUUUUUCUUGCCAAUGAUUCUUACCAAUGUUUGCUAUUACACGAUCCACUUGAUAUCUGUCAUGUUUGCUGGUCACCUUGGUGAGCUUGAGCUUGCUGGUGCCACACUUGCCAAUUCAUGGGCCACCAUUACCGGUUUCGCUCUCAUGAGAAUUAUCAUGGAGGCAGACGACCAUGGCGUUCAACAAGGAAGAAAAUGGGGGCGGUGGAAUAAACUGUUGGACAUGGAGGAGGCCAAGAACCAGGUCUUGUUUUUCUUGCCAAUGAUUCUUACCAAUGUUUGCUAUUACACGAUCCCCUUGAUAUCUGUCAUGUUUGCUGGUCACCUUGGUGAGCUUGAGCUUGCUGGUGCCACACUUGCCAAUUCAUGGGCCACCAUUACCGGUUUCGCUCUCAUCUUAUGUGGAGAGAGUAUUUUCUGCUAUGAAUAUUGUGAAAUGUCCACUUUACAAUCGAAUGGGAGAUCAAUGGUUUAG